UUCCCUAUAAUAAAAAUCAAAGCUCUCUUUUGUUUUCUCUCUCUCUGUCUCAAUACAUAUCUCUUACAUCACAAAAGCAAAAAAGAAAAAAAAAAACACAGUUUGGUUUUUAUAUAGGUGUUUGGAAAUGGAUGGUAAGAAAAGGGGUUGUACAGGGAACGUUCAAAGUGAAGAAGAUCAUGAGAUGGAUUUGAUACGCGGUCCUUGGACUGUUGAAGAAGAUUUUAAGCUCAUCAAUUACAUUGCCAUCCAUGGCGAAGGUCGCUGGAAUUCCCUUGCUCGUUGUGCAGGUUUGAAGCGAACUGGGAAAAGUUGCAGGCUGAGAUGGUUGAAUUAUCUACGCCCAGAUAUUAGACGUGGGAACAUCACUCUUGAAGAACAGCUUUUGAUUCUCGAACUUCACUCUCGUUGGGGAAAUCGAUGGUCGAAAAUUGCUCAACAUUUGCCUGGAAGAACCGACAAUGAGAUCAAGAACUAUUGGAGAACUCGUGUCCAGAAACAUGCGAAACAGCUUAAAUGUGAUGUCAACAGCAAGCAAUUCAAGGACACCAUGCGUUAUUUAUGGAUGCCUAGGUUAGUCGAAAGAAUCCAAGCUGCCGCCGGUUCCACCACCACAACCACUACUACCACCGCGGUCGUCCCCUCCGCCUCUGUUAUGGGCAAAGACUUUUCGACACAUGUAACCCCGAGUUAUACUUCGGAGAAUUCGAGCACGGCCACCGCGGCUUCGUCGGAGUCAUUCGAGGCCCAAGUUUCGCCGGUUUCGGAUUUGACUAAUUGUUACAAUAAUGGGUUCCAGGUUACUAAUAAUAAUAACCCUAAUCCUGAUUAUAAUUUCCAAGCCUGUAGCAGCCAAGUUGACUACUAUGAGCACAGUCUCUCAGCUGCUAAUUAUUACAACCAUGGCGAUGGCGGCUGCUUGGAUCUUCAGACCAACAAUUAUCCCAUGUUAGAUGGUGCUGAUUUAUCAGACAAUUUGUUGAAUGCUGAGGAUUUUUUGUUCUUACAGCAACAGUUCAACUUCAACAUGUGAAAUAUAUAUGUUUCAUGGAUUUGGGGGUGAAAUUCAAUUGUAUAGAAGGAAAAAAAAAACAUGACAAAAAUGGCAAGAAAAGAGAGUGAGAGAGAUAGAGAAAUUUGGGAGUAAAAAUAAUAAUAAUAAUAUUUUAGAACUCUUGAGGUAGAUUAUUGUAGAAUUAGGGUGGGUUUAGAUGGCGGUGACGGUGAGAUUAGAUACUGUAGCGUGAGAUAAAAAGUAAGCUAAAUACACCGCAUCCAAUCAUCCAUCCAAAUUUAUCCUUAGUGUAAUUGUUGUGGAUCACUUUAGUUUGUAUUUUGAUUAUUUUUAUCUUUGUUUUCUUUUAUUAGAAAAAAAUCUUGUAAUUUGAAGAGUUUUGUUUAAUCUCAUUCAUUGAUAUUUAGUCAA